CACGCAAAAGCACAAUGGCGAAGCCCUACAUUGAGCCGCCAGCAGUAGACUCGACUACAGUCUUCAAGGACGACAUUUUCAGAGGCAAGGUACUGUUCUGCACCGGUGGCGGCUCCGGAAUCUGUAAGGCUAUGACCCAGGCUGUGAUUAAACACGGCGCGAGUGCUGCUAUUGUUGGGCGCAAGCUGGACCGGCUCGAAGCUAGUGCGAAGGAGCUAUCUACUGCUACUGGAAACCAGUGUAUUGCGGUCCAGGCCGAUGUGAGAAAUCCCAAACAGCUCCAAGAUGCCGUUGCGAAGACAAUUGAGAAAUACGGCAGAAUAGACUUCGUUAUUUGCGGUGCGGCUGGGAACUUCCUAGCGCCGAUCUCCAAGUUGUCCGAGAACGGCUUCAGAACGGUCAUCGAGAUUGACACGAUCGGAACUUACAACACUAUCAAGGCGACGCUUCCCCACAUCCGUGCCUCGAAGGGUUCGUACAUUCACGUCAGUGCGACUUUGCACUACCGCGCCACACCCUAUCAGGUUCACGUCUCCGCAGCUAAAGCCGCCGUCGACGCAAUAUCUGCGGUCCUGGCAGUUGAAGAAGGCCCCCAGGGCGUGCGCUCAAACGUUAUCGCCCCAGGUCCUAUUGCGGGAACGGAGGGCAUGGACCGUCUGAGCGCCAAGGGACCCCAGGGCAGCCAGUACAGCAUCCACUCCCCGGUCGGCCGCGACGGCAGUGUGCAGGACAUCGCGAAUGCGACGGUGUUCCUCUUCACCCCUGCUGCGCGCUAUAUCACCGGUCAGACGCUUGCGGUCGACGGUGCAAGCGAGCACCUCCGUACGUUGCAGCUGCCAUACCCGCAGUCGGUGCUCGAUCCGGACUCAGUCACGCACCUCAUCAAGCCGCGGCUUUGAGUGCAUCAAUGACUCAUAGCGGCAUUCGGCACGGAGCGCGGCCAGCGUGUGGAUACGAGGUUAUCCCGUUAGAACACUUCCUUAAUGGCCGUUGCCUAUUCUCACCAUCGCGCCGGCUUUGCCACGGAAUGUGGACCGAUGUGGAUGUACGAUAAGUUACUAUGUGAAAUCUGGUUAUCUAGG